AUGCACAAAACAUCUUUUGGUGGUUCUUGUUCUUGUAAUUUCUGCACCCCGCAGACUCUGCAAACCCGCAGGCGGGGCCGGGGCGGUGUUUGCCCACGAGAACGCGUUCGCUCGGCCCCCCUGUGUGUGUGGGGGGCUUUUAAAGGUCACCCCGCUAUAAAGCACAGCGCUGCAGAGGAUGGAGAGCCCAGUGAGAGCCCUGGCACGGUGUCCGGCCCCGCUGUCCCGGACGGGACGAGGGUGCGGGGCGAUUCCCACGCGUGGCUCAAACGCUGGCACGGGCACCGACACGCUCCUGCCUGGACACCGACACGCUCCUGCCGGGCGAGGCGGCUCCCGGCCCGCCUGGGAGCCAGCAAAUGCUGCGCCAGCCAAACCCUCUCCCGCACGCCGCUCCCCCAGCGCCGCGGUGCCGCCCCGUUGCGAAGGAAGCGGCGUCGCCGGUUGCUACGAGGCCGGGGGGACGCGCAGAGCGGCGCGGCGGGGCCCGGCGCUGUUGGCGGUGCGGGCCCGGCGCUGACCCGGGCGCUGGAUGGAGCUCGGCGGGAAGGCCGGCGGGGCGGCGCGGGGGCAGCUCCUGGCCGGGGCCCCGCAGGAGCGUGCGGGAGGGCAGCGGAGCGUCCCUGUGUAUCCUUGCUGGGCCGGGCGUCUCUCGGGGCCGGCCGAGCCCUGCUGCGAAGGAGGGCCGGGGCUGCGUGGGGCCCGUGUGGGGCGGCGGCGGGGCCGGGCGGCGAUGGCCCGGCCUCCACCCUGCCCCGCGGUCAGGGACCGCCUCAGGGGUGUCUUCAAAUUGAAACUUGUGCGCUGAGCGGUUUUAUCUGCUCUGGGAAAAACUUCUCUAGCAAGGAUAGAGAUUUAAUAUUUCAUUUUGAACAAGAUUUACAAGAGGAACGUAGAGCAUUGAAAGAGGAUCAAAAAAUGCAUCGGAGCAAGGCAAUGAAAUAUUUGAUGGAGACAAACAGAAGAAGGAGAGCCUUUGAAGAAAGACAGAAGGAAGAAGAAGCAAAAGAACAAAGAUUUAGAGAACAAGUUCUGCAGCAGAGGAAAAUUAAAUUUCAGGAGGCAACUGCUAAGUUCCGGCAUGCUCAUCAGUCUUUGUCUCCACAUAAACAAACAGUCCAGACAAAUGCAGCUUUUCAGUUAGAAGAAGCUCUUGAACAAAUUAAAGGAUCAGUUUUAACACCAAACUUAAACAAAAUCAACUUCAGAACCACAGAUGACACUUCAUCCUCAUCAGCAUCUAGAAGAGAUUCUUUCCAUCAGAAGCAGAAUUCAGCAAUGUUUGGCAGUGAUGAAACAAUACAGGAGAGCAGCAGAACACACAUGGAUAGUCACCAAUUUCUCUUCCAGAAAAAUCUGAAAGAAAUACAACAGCUCCUUGAAAAACAGCAUCUCAACAGUUUGGAGAAUUUUCAUCAAGAAGUCAAAGAAACAGAUGAUUCAGAAAGCCUGAUGAGCCUUGACAGUCUUGAGGCUGGAGAACAAAAUGGAAAUUGCACAACACAGAGUGAAUCAUCUUUUACCACACAGUGUGACUGUGCCCUGUAUGAUCCAGAAAAAUGCCAGACUAGGAAUAAUGGUUUACUUCACACAGAUCAAAGUACUUCUAAAAAUGCACAUCUAAAUAAUUGUCUGAGAAAUGUAGAUUUGCUACACUACCACAACAUACCUAUUCAUGAUCUUUUAGCUAAAUAUAAUGUUCUAACUCCUGCUGAACAUGCAAACAUUUCAGAAGAGGAAUCAUCUGCUUCUCACAGAUCUAGAAAACAACCUGCAGAAUUCUCUACCUCUGGUAAGCAAAAGAGCUCUGUAAGUAAUGCAUUUAGUUUUCUGCAAAAUAGAAAAGACAGAAGCAAGCCAUCUUCUGGAACAGCUCGCACAUUUGCCACUGGUCAUCCUGUUUUCAAUCCUAUCAGAGCCUGGGACAGCCCUGAUUCUUUUCCAGGAGAAAAAAAUCAGGAUCCGAUGCAAGAUCAGAGCUUUAAAAUGACCCCACAGGAGAGAACUAAAUCUAUGCAAGCAUCCAGUCAACCUGUUGCAACAUCUGUAAUCUUAUUUCGUAAUCAGGGAUGUUCCACUGGCAUUCCCAGCACAGCUGAUGUGUUACCAAAGGACAAAAACAUCAGUACAGGCUUUUUAAAAAAUACCUUAGGAAAAAUGACUGAAACAAAAGAAGAAAAUAUUAAAUGUAUGAAUGAUAUUAUUUCAGAAACAUCUUUGUUUCAGGGCAUACCAAAUGCCUCCGUUCUGUUGGAAGUUAAGCAACAGAAUAAUAAAGGAGGAAAAGGAAAUAUAAUUGAAACUGUGUCACUUUUACCAGAUGCAGAGUUCAAUUCUGACACUCCUGCACAGAAAAAAAUCCUGAAAAAUAAUAUUCUUGAAAGAAAAAGAACAAAGUUAUUCACAAGUAUCUUAAAGAAGGAUUCUAAAUAUGAACCCAGUCAUUUUAAAGCUGCGGUUACAGACCAUGGGAUCAGUUUUGGAACUCAACGUAUGUCAUCUAUCAGAGACAGUUUAGAACUGGCAAAAAUAAAAAAGAAAACUGCAGAAAAUGAAAAAUGCAAUAGGAAGCUAAAAUGGUGUGAUCAAAUUGACCAGAUAAUAAUAGAAAAUAAUGAAAAAUGCUAUGAAAAAAGCAUCAGUGAAAUAUCUUCUUCACAGCUGCAGUGUAUUCAAACUGCAAAUAAUGCUCCUAAGAACAAUUUAAGUAUUGUUGCUCAGCCUUCAAGCCCCAUGUUCAUAAAAAAUCAUCAGGAAAAUUCUCAUAAAUCAAAACCAAAUGUUAAUACUGAAAAAUCAAAUAAAGAAUACCCAUCUCAAUAUAUAUUUACACCUACAGGAUCCUUUUCUGCGAGGAAAGCUUGGAUGGUAUCAAAAGAUGAAGCAAGUAAACCCCCAGUAUGUAGCAAUAAUCCUAAAAUUAAAGAAGGUGGUCAACUCAAAAAUAAGGCAAAACUAGCCAGUAGAGCAACAUCUGUAAGAGUCCAGUCACGUUUUAUGCCCAAGAAGAGAAGAGGCACCAUGAUCCAACUGCAGUCAGCCACUGAAGCCAACAAAACUCACAAAGCUCCAGGGAAAUAUCUCACACCUCACCCACCUUCCACACCUCUGCCGGGAGACAGAAGUGUUGAAAACACAGCCAGCCCUGGGUGUCAGUCACAGCCGCCUGCCAGCCUGCAAGCUACCAGUGCUAGCAACAGGGAUUUCACUGACAGGCAUGUUGUGCUAGCAAGUCAGGUUUUAAACAGGAACAGUGCAGAAAACAGUGAGAAGGCUGCUGGUUGUGCUGGGUUGGUCACUGCCAUCUCUACACCUGACUGCAGCACGGCCAACUACAAAUCUUGGGCAAAAAAUACUUGUUCUGUAAAUAAUGUUCAGGCUAGCGCCUAUCAAGAUAAUUCAGUAACUUGCUCUGAGAAAAGACCUGUUAACACAGAAAAUGGAUUACAUCUCUAUCAUAUCCCAGCAGCUGGAAAAACAAGCACCUUCUGGCACAGAGCACAUUCUACCCAAGCUCCAAAAGACUCUGCUACUGGUGGUGUUCCUGUUACAAGACAAAAUCAGGUUUUUGACAACUAUGAAAAUAAACACCAAGCUUUUUCGGAAUGCAGAAGACAAAAUGUUGUCUCUAAAAUAUGGAAGCCUGCUCAUCAUGCACAGAAUUCCUUAUGUGCUCUCCAGCUGAGUCCCAUUCAGUCUGCCUUUGAUCCAGUACAAAAGAUGAAAAACACCUCUAAAUCUGAGGAAGUUUCAGAAAGCACUGCUCAGUUUCUGGUGGCAGAAAAGCUAGCAAGUACACCAGUUGCAGAGAGUAAAAUCCUGGCAGUCAUGGACCAUAUGAAGCCAGCCAGCCAGCCCUCACUGCUUAAAAGGGCUCUGUGUCCAGGCAGGAGUGCUCUUUCCAUAGAAGAACAGAAGAUCUUCCAGUCUCUGGAUUGUCUGAAUAAAAAGCUACAAAAUGUUCAAGAAGCCAUUAUCAGAAACUCAUUUGCUUCACAUGUUUUGCAGUAA